CACCCUUUACAACCACUGAGAGAAUCCUUUGUUUCUCUAUGGCUAUGGUCCAAGACGUUUCUAUACAAGUGUGUUGCACUGAUUCUAUGGUAGAAACCAGCAGUGUAAAGCAUUAAGUAGAAGUGUUUUGUGUAUACAUGAUCUGGGGAUGCUGACCCAGUGGCGUAAUGUGUUUCCGGUCCGGUCGGGUCUUGACCCGGAACCCCACAGUCAAGGGUUUUAUAUCGGUUUCAGUGAUUUCGACAGAGGUGAAUAUGAACGAAUAAGGCAAUCUGGAAGGGAAAGAUUACUAGACCUUUCACGCCCCAAAGAAAUAAAAAUAGGAUAUUUCACAAAUGUCGGCCCUAAUGUUAUGUGGGGGACCCAGGAAAUGUUGUGGCCUGUCAACCCUAACAUCCAGAAAGCCAGUGAAAGAGUGGAACAGCUAGCGACACCUAAAAAAGACUUCUCCACAACUGAGUCUAAGGGAAGACCCCUAUUCUUCUACAGCUGUGGAAGGCCCUCAAUGAUAUGGGAGGCACCUCCAAAAAAUCUGCCUGAGGCCUCCCAAAGGGUGCAGCAACUGGCUGGAGCAAAACAGUUACAUCCCAAUUACAAAGAAGAUAGGGAUAUACUUGGACCAGAAGAUAUUCUGAAACUAUUCCCAAAAAGCCAGUUUUUCUAUAGCUGUGGCAGAGAAAGUCCAAUAUGGACCGUCACAAAAGGGGCCAAGUCUGCUGGAGAGAGACCGCGUACCAAUCAGCUAGCAGCGCAUAGACCACCAGUCAAGGAAUUCCAGCCAGCGAGACAGAUAGAAACUAUUAUACCUGGCCCUGCCCUCACCGCUUCUGCCUCGGAGCGGCUACAAGCACUAGCCACCCCCAAGAACCGCUCAGAGGGUCCCUUCAGAUCUCCACAGUGGCCGGUUCUUCCUGCUGCAAAGAAUGCUAGUGCCAAAGCUAGAAGUGUUGAGCUUGCCAGACCCCGAGGAACUACCGAUGGAUACAUGCUACCAAAGGAUGAGGUCUGGCCUAUUUCUAGGGCUGCCAAACGCGCGACAGCAACAGGCCGUGUUAGCGAAUUAUCAAAACCAGUGGUUCGAGCAUCAAUGGAUCACGUGCAAUUUAAUCCGGAAGCUUUCAUAGUAAAAGAAACUGCUCUUAAAGGAGUGAUUCCAAAGAGAGUAUUUGACUUAGCUAAUCCAAUAACUAGAUAAAUUUAAAUGUUUUUAUAAGUUAUUGAAUUACAAAACAGAACAAAUUACCAGUCAGUAUUAUUAGUCAGGUUGUUGGGUUUUCUGUUAAAUGUUGCAUGUGGGAUUUUCAUGGAAAAAAAUUACAAUAAAAAGAAGUUAGGAAAGAUUAUUACCACAAAUUUAUCUCUGGAGAGAAUGUUAUUUAAAUCUUAUAAUAUCAACUUGAGAAGGGGUGCUGUUAUUUAUUUUUAAAAAAUAUUUCUUCUACUACCUUUUAUAGUAAGAAAACUUUUAUAAUGUUUGAUUUUUUUCCCCUUUAUUAAGCUCUGGCUUGUUUAUCAGUAUUUAUUUUUACUUCUUAAUUGUAACUGCUUUAAUGAUCUACAGUAUUUCCGAUUUUGUGCUAUAUUAUUAAGUUAUACAUGUAACCAGAGGACUGUGUAUGGUUGUGUUCAGUGUCUUGUUCAGUAUUACUGUUCCUAUUUCUCUUUUGUCAAUGUAUUGAUUUCUAAUGUAAGGAUUAUAUGAUUUUAUUGUCUAUAUGCCAUAAUGCUUCAAAACAAAAACAGUAUUGUAGCUUCAUAUGUGGAAUUUGCUCUCCCAGCUUUAAUUUUUUUUUCUAUACUUAAUUUUUCUCAAGUGGAAAAAAAAAGUUGAACAAUUCUG